CCUCACCGUUUAGGAUCGUUUAGGGUUUUUCUCCGCUUUCGAUAUCUGCGCCAGAAAACGGAGCCGUGCGUUGUCGUGUAGCAGCAGUCGGAUUGCGGGGAAUAUUUUGUGCGACUUUCUUUGGGAACUGCGCUCUCGGCCAGAAGAAGUUUGAGAGAUCGGUGGCUAGUUGUGUGUUUGAGAGUGCGUUAGUAUUGAAAAGGAUCGUAUCAGGUUUCACGUUUUAUAGCGGAGCGGACUGCAGAUGUUUCGCAGUUCGAAUAAAUUUCGCUAUGCGGUCCUCGGUGGAACUUUGGAAGUUGUCAUAGUGACCUAACCUAGCAAUUAAGCUAUUGUUCAACGGCUAGUGGGCUUUUAAUUUUAGUGGGGACACUCGCUAGUACGGUUCCCCGCGUCCAGUGUGUGUUUGUACGAAUUGAAACGUGCGAGAGCGAGCACCGCCGUCGUUCCUGUGGCGACGCGAUCAGUCAAAGGGCGUGCCAGAGUGAGAUGCACUUAGCCAGUGAUCACUACCACACGCGAACGAACGAAAAAAGCAAGUGAAGCAUCAAAGCGAAGGGCUUUCGGUUGAGUGCAGCAAGUUGCCGUCAAUAAAUAUCCAGAUCCAGCUAGUAGCGACCGAAUGCUAAUUGAUCUAAAUGCGUGGUUUAGCCGUUUAGCAUCUUCACCAAAGGGAGAAAGCGAACGUCUUGUUGAGGGCAAAAAGAUUUACCAUACUAGAAGUGUAUGCUAGUUGCGAUCAAGCAAAUCGUCCAGUUUGGCCAGCUGUUGUAGGUUUUUACAUGCUAAAAAGUGACCUCCUUCAAGUGUUGUUGUUCGGCUGGGGCGGGUUUCUUUUUUUUCAGUCGAUCUUUUGGUGCGCGAAACUGUCGGAAAACAAAGAAGGAGAUUAGUGAAGUGUGUUUAGCUCAAAAGCAGAGCAGAAGGGAUCUCGUGUAACAAACGUUCGUUCGGUUGGUUGAUGAAACUUGCACGACGAACUGAAAAGAAGGAAGCGAAUGAAACAGAAAGAUGACCACCGUUUGCUAAGCUUCUGAAUAGCUUUUAGGAAUAUCAAAACAACAGGAGCAGGGCCAGAACCGUGUCUAACCGAAGAAUGGUCGUUGCUUGCGGCUGAAACGAAUGGCAUCGAAGCACACAUUCGCAACCAAAAACCCACAAAUGAUUUCGAACUGAAUCAGAGAGAGCCCCCCAUCGGAACCGCUAUUCAUGCUUCCCAGAUGAAGAAAUCAAAGCAAAAACGGCUAAAACAUGAACAAUUCUAUCCACCAAUCGACGCAUCCUCCUCGGCUCCGCACACUGCGUCCAUACCCAGCUGCUGUCGCCAGUUGGCCGCAUCAUGUCCAGAUUGCUACUCCCCAUAUUUGGCCGGCCCGUCACGGAGCGAUCCCCACUGGAACAGCAACCGCUACUCACAGCAGCAGCAACAGCAAACCUAUCAGAACGCUUCCCACCAGCACGAUUUCCUCCGCCCGAUCACAGUGGCUGAGACGACAAGUGCUUCCUCUUCCGCCGCGAUCAUCUCGAAGCCUACCAACAUUGUCGCCACGAUGGAACUGUUCGAACCACAACCUUCAACGUCCUCCCAGCAACAACGUUAUUAUCCCCAUCAAGAUUACUCAUACGCUUACUAUGAACCGGGAGUUGCGUUGCGCCAUUCCAACGUUCCGUCCUACAUCUUCGAUCCUGGCAGAAGCGGUGGACCAUCCUCACCUGGACCUUCUUCCUCACAGGCAACGCCUAUAACUGCCGGAUCCAAAUCGAUGCGAUCUCUAGUGGCGCUUGGAGGCAGCGGUCAGCGCAAUCGUUUAUAUUCUUCUAGAAGAUCGGGAGGUGGAAGUGGGCGCUAUCCAGGCUCUCCCUGUGAAAAUAUUUACGAGGAAAUCAUUCAUGAAGAGAAUGAACGGGCCGAAAGUAUGCUACCGGGUACUCCCAGUGGGCGUCUUUCAAUGCUGUCUCUGCAGCAUAGCGUUAUUGUUGAGGAAGAGCUCCGACAGGUGCAAAAUUGUCAUCGCAAAGUUCUGGGCGAAUUGAAUUUAUCCGUCGAGGCAAUGCUAAUGGCGGACAGUGGAAGUGGUCAAGCGGAAGAUAAGAGUGAUUAUCGUAGAGAAGCAAAAUAUUUCCGUAGGAAAUCGUCCUUCGGAGCAGGCGGGCAAAGCACGGAUUUAGAUAGUGGAUUUUCCGGUAGUAGUGGUAGCACCAGCUACAUCGGAAAUUUACGGGCUCUGAAAACCGAGGCGAAAAUGUUAUCACUUCAGCAGCAAAGUUAUCAUCAGUCGAUGAUUUUGUUCGACCGAAUCGGUCAGGAAGACACCCGUAGUGUUAUCAGUUCUAAUUCGGCGGAUCGCGCCAGGGGUGGAUCGAUAAAGGCAAUCUGCAAGGGUAAAAAUUUAAGCAAAUUGUUCAGCGGAAGCACACGAUCGUUACGUAAAAUGCUCGAAUUGGGGGAAACGUCCCGGCCCAAGGGAACUCUUUCGACGCCUAAUUCGCCUACAUUUGUCAAAUCGAACAAGGUCGGUUUCUGGUCCGGAAAAAGCUGGGCCAAGCGGCUCUCGGCAAGCGGAGCUUUACACAGCAGUUUCGAUGAAGAUGAAACGAAGCCCUACCAAACAGCGGACACCUCGUGGGAUAGCACUCUGUCGUUCGAUCUCCCGGCCGACGGUGGUCUCGGCAAGCGAGCUCCGGAAGUCAUUCUCAACGGCACCGACGGGAAACUUAAUCAGCUAAUCCCGUAUCAAACGGAACGAACCAGUGCAAGCAUCAAACUCGAAUACAAGCCAUCAACCCGUACCGUCAGCUCCGAGGACAGUUGCUAUUCAGAAGAACGGUACAUUUCCUCGGACGACGAAGACGACGACGACGACGAGGACGAGAUCGAUUUGGACGAGAACGAUAUCCGAGAGGAGUAUCUACGUGAGCAUCAUCGGCGUAAUCGUCGUGACCAACCAAAGAACUCAACGCCAAAGGAAGUAACAACACCAACGGCUCCUCCUCCGUCCGAACAGCAGCUGCAGCUGCAGCAGACUUCCGGCGAACGAAGGCGUAGUAGUAUCACCCAGUUCCAGAACACCCUCAACAAGGCAAAGAAUCACUUUUCGCUCGAUAAAUGGAAAGGUCACCACGGCGGUGGCAGCAACAGUGCAGCAGCAGCAGCGGCAGCAACAGCCGUCCUCAACGGGAAUCACAUCAACAACAGCAGUCGAACGUCCUGCGUAUCCCUGCCGGUGGCUGUUGCUGGUGGAGGCGCUGGCGGUAAUGUUCAACUGAUCGCCGAUCUCGCUAACAACAACCGGAACUCGAUGCACGCCUCCACAAUGCCAAGCACAACAUCCGCCGCGUCUUCCCCGGCGCUAUCCGUGGCCCUAAGCCCGGGAUCAAUCUCUCUUGCGGCAGCAAACGCGCCCCCCUGCUCGGCUAGCCCGUCGCCCUCGAUCUCGUCGGAACCGUUCUCUCGACUAUCGCGCUGGUUCUCGAUACGUCGCGGUUCGAUGAACCAGUACGACGUGAAGGGUCACAGUCACAACAGCGGCGGGGGUUCGAGCGUCGGUUCGGUUUCCGCUGGCGGAAAAGAGAAUCGCCGCAACAGCAUCGACCACGUUGAUUCGACUGGAUCACUAUUCGGGGGCCCCGGAAGCCGAUACGACGGUAGCAAGCUGGCAAUGGGGAAAGUUAUGGAAGCCGACGAAGAUCCACUGCAGCUGGUCCUGGACAGUUUCGCUAUGACACGCGGUGCAGGCGGAGAGUCAAAAACGACCGAAAGGCGGCACAUCCCGGUCGCACUGCCGCCGGCUCCGGCUGGACUGACCCAGCAACAGCUCAAACGAAGACUGAUCGUAGCUGCCAUUGUUCACAGUGAGAAUUCGUAUGUAGCCUCUCUUCAACGUUUGGUUAAUGAAUACAAACGACCCCUGGAGGAAAGUAAUCCGCCCAUUCUGAACCCAUCAAAAACUGCCAUUUUAUUUCACCGCUUGCCCGAGAUUCUUCAGCUGCACACCCUUUUCCGUAUAUCACUAGCCGACUAUAUACAAAGCUGGGAUAACGAGGAAAAGAUUGGCGAUGUUUUCGUGGCCACUUUCAGCAAAUCGCUAGUCCUGGACGUUUACAGUGGUUUCAUCAACAACUUCUCGAUUGCCAUGGACCUGGCGCGAAUGGAAGCGAAGCGAAAGUCAGCGCUGUCGGAUUUUCUCAAAGUGAAACAGAUUAGCUCCCACGAUCGGCUGUCCUUUUUCGGGCUAAUGGUGAAACCGGUCCAACGGUUUCCCCAGUUUAUACUCUUCCUGCAAGAUUUGCUCAAGUACACCCCCCAGGGACACCACGAUCGGAUGUCGCUUCAACUGGCACUAACUCAGCUGGAAUCGCUGGCGGAAAUGUUGAACGAGCGAAAGCGGGAAGCUGAACAGUUCCAAGCAUUCAAGGAAAUGCUGGAAAAUAUUAGCGGAACGUUCAACAUUCGUUCGCUGGUAUCGGGCGGAACGUCCGACACUGCGAUCAACAGUAACAAUACUCGUUAUUUGCUCCGGGAGGAUAACGUUACCCAGCUGGAGUUCAAUCAGUCCGGGUACAUUGUGAAGAGCAAGAAACGCCGGCUGCUGCUGUUGAACGACAAGGUACUGUGCGUUUCCGUUGCUCCCAAGCAAUCGCACGAGUUCGGUUCCUCGGAGAAGCUCACCUUCAAGUGGAUGCACCCGGUGCAGGACGUAGAAAUUGUGGACAACAACCAGUCAAUCACGCUUUCCCGGAUACUGACGGCCGGAAUGAAACGUGGUAAUAGUCUCAAGUCCAACUCGAGCUUCGAUUCACCCCACCUGAGUUCGGCUGGCCUAUCGGCGGGCGGCACAAUGAACAGCUCAUUCGGCAGUGGCUCCGGUGGAACGUUGCCCGGUACCGGCAGCGAAGCGGAUAAUUUGUGCGGCGAGAUGAACGAUCUAAUGCACGACUACGAGGUGAUGUCGCGCAUCAACGAUCUGGUCGGAACGCUCAAAGGAAGCUACAAGGAGAUUAACCUGGGUGUGACGAAGUCCAUCCUGGCGGAUAUCCAAGCGUCGAUACAGAAAAAAGACGAGGAAAUCUCCUGGGUAGACUCGUGCUGUCUGCAGUUGGUGCUCAAGAAUGCCACCAAGGGUGGCAAGGAGGAUCUAACGUACACAUUCCAGAUCGAAAGCCCCGUGGUGAAAAAGGACUGGAUCACUGAGCUACGGUUGGCGCAGCUGGCGCUAGAUGCGAAUAAUUCUCCAGCUUGGCAGAUCGGAGCCGAGCAAGAGCAACGGCACUCGCUCGCUAAGAUGCCCCUGUUCGUGAAGGCCUAUCCGGCGUAUAAGUCGCAGCAUCAAACCGAGGUCUGCUGCGGAUGUUAUUUUUCAUCGAACUUGGCUGCAUCGGGGGCAUAUCGGCUCAAGCCGUCAGCGCGUAAACGCCUGAAGCACUCGAAUACGUUGUGGAUCUGCUCGAGUGACAAGAUCAACAGUCACGUAACCAUUCUUUCGCACAACAGCGCUCAGCACCAGAGCAACGGUGGAUUCGGAGAAGUGGCUAGGUUUAGUUUGGCGGAAACGAUCGUCACCUGUAUGGAGUACGUAAAGGAAGGCGGUCUGAUAACCGGCGACGAUAUCAGUGCGGAUUCGAUUUGGAUGGGCACAAAUAACCAUCGCGUGCUGAUCUAUUCGGCUAGCUUUCCGAUCAACGAUGAACAGUUGGUUAAUCUGUCACUGCCAGGGGUUCCUAGUCAGAUUUUGUACUUCAACGAGCGAGUUUAUGUGGGUAUGACCAACGGAAGCGUUCUGGUGUUCGCGAAAACAGAGGCGGGCAUCUGGAGUCUGAAUAGUCCGAAAAUAUUGACAGUUCAAGCGGAACCGAUAAGCAGUUUGCUAGCAAUCAACAGUAGUGUGUAUUUCGCAGCAGGAAAGCACGUUUACGUGAUCAAUGCCAGAACGAACGAGGUUGAGAAAAACUUCCACAUAAAGCACACAAACUCGGCCAACGUCAGCUCGAACAUAAACCUACUGGCCCACUCUGGAAUCGGCUUGUGGAUCUCACUUAAGAACUCCAGUAUCAUUUGUCUAUAUCACACGGAAACUUUCAAGCACCUGCAGGAUAUCAACAUUGCGUCAAAUGUGUUGCGAGUAACGUCGUCGCACCAGAAUCCAUCGCGAGAGACAAGUUCUUCGAUUCAGGUGACUGCUCUGAUGGCUGCCAAAGGAAUGCUAUGGGUGGGAACAAACGUUGGUAUCACGCUUACAAUCCCGUUGCCACGACUUGAAGGUGUUCCCAUCAUCAGCGGUGGGGUCAACAUCUCCUAUCACGCUCACUUGGGCCCAGUAACUUAUCUUCUCCCAUUGGUUACAAAGUCUUACCAUCCGCUGACACCAACUCAGCCAUCCAAAACGGUAGCCAUUCAGGACACUCCGGAUAACAAAUCUACGUCAAACGACACAAAAGAGGAAUCACAGGAACAGUCAGCUAAGCAGGAGGAUGCGAAAAAACAGAAAGAAACCGCCGCAUUAAAGGAACAAAUCUGUUCCAGUCCGGUUAUUCUUCGUCGUAAAAAACCACCACCGAUAGACUCGGGUCGAAUGACGAAAACUCUGCCCCGCAACUUGCGCACCAGCAGUGGAGCUUUCUCGCCCUCAAUCCACUCAACGCUUUCCUCUUCGUCCCAAUAUUCGGAUCAAGGCUGCGAUGUGUACGGUUUGUACAGUGAUCUUAUUUUCGUCAAGGAAGACAUCGAAAAUCAGGAAGAUCGCAACAUCCUGGAUCCCAGCUACGAUUAUCUGCGUCGAAGUGAUCCCGACAUCGCUGCCAUUCCGGCUAAGGUAUCCACUCUGGACCGACGGCUGCGAAUGAAGGUUAGCAGACCGCGUUCGCUCGAUCUUUCCAACUGGUCGAUGGAAUCGCGUUCGUCCAGCGUUUACACCUCGUCGGGAAGCGACGAAAACGUGGGCAACCGCAGCGGAACCAACAGCAAAAACGUUUCCCGCAACAGCUCCAGCGCUAGUCACAAGAUGAACAACUCCGAUCUGGAUAACAUCAACGAAAACGAGGUUGCCCUGUUACAGAAGAAACCGGCAACCGACGCGAAUUCCAUCGCUCCCAAAGAGUCCAUCGUUGCGGUAACGGAAGUCGAAAAGUAUCCCGCCACCCAUACUGUCAAACGAAAAAAGACCCAGUCGACAAGUGCAGGCGGAGAUAAUUCUGCCAAUGGAAGUGCCCGCAGGACGAUCCUUACACUGACUGGGGGUCGAGGUUAUGUCAACUGGCGACACAUUUGGGAACGAGCGGGUCCAGCGGAAGGCGGUGGAAGUAAAUCGGCUACCAAUUCCCCACAGAACCAUCAUCAGAGAACCAAUUCGGUGACAUCGCUGGCCGGGUUAGGUCAGACCAACUCAACCGAUGCUCACAUUAUUAUUUGGGAAAAGAAAUUGUAGGUUAUCUUCACAAUGUGUAAAUACGGCUUUGUCCUGGAUCAGGCGAUACCUUUAAGCUUAAGGUUUCAAAAUGUACGCUUUGAUGUACAAUAGAAAACUGUAUCCCAGUGAACUGGCGAAAUGCUGCAAAACCGUAAAACCUUAUAGGGCAAAAAAAGUUAGGAAGUUGUGAUAGAAAUCAUAUUUGUUGUACACAUUUCGAAUGCAUUUCACAUUUCAUUGAAGCUCUGUGCUAGACUAACAAUUCGCUGCAUUCCUUCCAACUGAAUCGGAAAUUAUCAAACAGAUGUAUAUUUACCAAAUUUCCAAUUCCGCUAAUGGCAUUCAAUCACACACACACAUAUUCAUGCAAAAACGCAUUCGCGUUUGAGCGAUGGAGAGAUUUGUUAGUUGUACAAAGCACAGAUUCGAUCGAUUAUAAGGAAAAAAGUAUGAAUUUAUUCAUUUCACACAGUCUUCUAACAACAUUAGAGCGAAAGCAAAACCUCACACAACAAAUCAAAGCGGUAUUUAUUGUUACUUUGUAAGAGCUGCUACCAUUUGUUACUCGAAAGAUUUCUGAUCUGUAAACCAAAAAAGGCAUAUCUCAUACCUUUCCUUCUUCUACUUCUUCCUCUGCUGUCCGGUAAAAAACAGUAAUGGUAAUGAUUAAUUUUACAACGAAACAGAACACAGAUAUAAAUCCUUCCAUCUUUACUGUAUCAAAAACAAGAAAAAAACGUAGAAACAUUUGUUAGGAUUCUUUUCCAAUAGAAAGAGCAAGUUCAAAGUGACUUUGAACGGGUUUUUGGGCUUAAUAUUGAAUAGGCGUAAUAUUCUAUACUAGAUUACUACAGUUUGUUAGUUUUUAGUACAAAAUAAUCCAUUUUACCCUUUGUACAGAACUAAUACGGCUAAGCUUGCCCUUGAAUGGUUUCGAGUUUAGAAUCGAGCAACACACAUAGUAGGAUGCGCGGGAAGGAUGAAAGUUUGUCCAAGUUUCGUUCAAUGGUUAAGUUGAUUAUCAUUGUUCUUUACUUAUUGUUCAUUCGCUAAUGAAUUCUAGAGAAUUUCUUAUGCAAUUCCAUCUUUCCGCUUCAGAAUCUACUGUAUCGUAUAACAAGAAAAAAUCAUUUCUAUAUAUCUCAACUCUUCGCAUCAUUUAACAAUUGUUUGCAAAAUAUAUCUGUAAUAGAGAAAAAAAAAUCAGAAAACGAAAAAUCUCGGUGGCAACAAAAAAUUUAUCCAGUAAUAAAAGGAACUAGAUGUUCACUAUUUGUAAAAAGCGAAAAUCAAAUACCCGCUGUGUUGCCUACUCAAUUGACACUCAUAUAUCACUACCAACACCAUCCGGAAGGCAAAUCGGAAGACGCAUGAUAAUCUCCAGCAUGGUUUCAAUCUAGAUCUUCUAAAGAGUGUGCAUGUUAGUCUGUCAUCUUACAUAUUGAUAACUGAAAUCUCGCCAAACAUGUGAAAAGGGCCUAUGUGCCAUAUGUAAACAAGCCACAAUUUCACGUUUUUUGACGAAUACAAGCUUAAUCUGCCCAUACAAAUAAGAUUUGUUGAUUAAAAAAACUUCUUUUAUCAACAAAUCUCAUUUGUAGGGAUAGAUUACGCUUGUAUUAAUCACAAAAUGAGAAAAUUCGGCUUGUUUACAAAUGGCACAUGGGCCCUUUUCACAUGUUUGGCGAGAAAUGGUUGCAAUUCAUCUUCACGUCUAUACAUUUGUGCAUCAGAAGAAUUGAUGGGAAAUAAAAAAUCGGUUCAACUUCAAGUGUGUACAAGUACAAGUCUGUACGGAAGCAGAAUAUAUGCAGCGAUUUUCAAGGUAGGUAUUGUAAAAGAAAAAUAAAAUGUUUAAAAAAUAAUUAUUAUUUUAUCUCUAAUAUGUUACAGAUUUCUCUCACUGAAGUCUACUUAUGUCCAUUUUCUUUCAAAUAUAAUAAAGAAAUAAAUUAAUCUGUUUUGUCGUUAUCAUCUCAAAAACAAAUGUUGCACUCGUUUAUUUGGUUCUAAACAGCGAUCAAAAGAAAUAAAAGUGCAAUGUCGGGACCUUAUUUCUAUAUUGCGGUUCUUUUCUAAAAGCCGCAGACCAUCAAAUAAGUUGCGCGCAACAGAGUUGUGCGCCUGUCAAAAAUACAUUUCGCUUCUUGUGAGUAAGGUUACAAGCGUAUUAUUGCCCAUGUGUGUUUUUUUUUCUUUUAUGACAAAUAUGUUUCCACAUGUAAAACGUAUUUUUUUAUGUUGAAAGCAAUCGUCUGGUGCAGUAAACAAUAGAAUUUAACAGACCUACUUGUCUAACAGUAUAUUAAAUGGGCUUAAAAUAUUUGAAUGUAUGUUCAAUUAUACAUAUUAUACCCUGGCGCACAAUUCAAUGACAGAAAAAUAAAUCAACAAUAUGCUGAAAUUUCUCGAGAAUCACAAUACCAGCUAAAAACUUCAUGGCUAACCUCAUUGACGCACGUCUCUAAUGUAAUGUAUGUCUCUUCAGCAACUUCAGCACAGUUCUUCUCACCCGUCGCUCGCUGGCACUAAGCGGACACUCUUUGGACGUGGUUGUCGCAGUUGUACCCAGGCAUGCGUUCGAAUAUUCCGGCGUGCAAAAUAGGUACCACAGAUAGCCAUGCCGCUCACUGCAGCAAAGUCUCAGGCCUCUUUCUCUACCAAUUACAGGGUGGAAGCACACUUUCUGCCCGACCUGAGCAUUUGCAACUCCGAUGUCGACAGUACUCCUUCUCUUUAUCGGAUUUUUCAUUGGUCGAUGCGUAAACAUUGAGGAGUUUGCCCAUAAUUCUCAAGACUCACUGUACCUCAUCUUGGACCUAAUCAGUCUUGUUAGUUUCGCAGGAAAGCCAUUUUCGUCCAUUACUUUCCAUAACUCUACACAGUCGAUAUCGUGAGUGGCCUGAAAAUCGAUAAAUAGGUAAUGCGUGGGAACUUUUUUUUUCCUGUAUGAACUUUCUCACUGCGACCAGAAUCAUAGAUCUAUUGUGAGAUAUGCCCGGGUGGCUGCUGUAUCCCGCACUUCUGUUAAUAGCAAUACCUCUAUUGAGAAGUGGCAUGCUUAUUUUUAUUGUUCAUCAGUGCUGGUGUGUAAUGUGCUACUCUUCCUUUACACGCUUACUGUUCUACUAUACCGAUACUCGUUCCUCUUGCCAAAUAUCACCAAUUAUAAUUCCCUGGAGAAGUUUCGUCGUGCGUCCUUCUGGCCAGUUUUAUUGAUAAGAGGGACUUAUUUUUUGUUAAGAGGAAGUCACGCAAAGGUAUUUGUAGAUUUCAGCGGAAAGGAAGGGUAACUGGGUGGGGAGCCUGAGAAUAAACCCCUGCUUAAGUCCUUUUUGACAUCGGAUGGCCUGGUUCUACUAAGAUUCGAACCCACGACCAUCCGCUUGACAAAGCGGACUCUGUAACCUUGAGGCUACGCAGCUCCCGUGGGAACUUGGUAUUCGGCUUAGUUCCAGAGGAUCUGCCGCAGCGAUUUGGUCCGUUUGUCAAACAGCCAUCCACAAAACCGGAUUGAUAACUUUCCACAAAUCUUCGUGCUAGCGGCGAGAAACGGUGAUCUGGGAGAACACUUUGUAGGCUGUGUUAAGAAUCGUGGUCGCUCGUUAUAUCCCUCUCAAGCGCUAUGCUGACGAAGGCGGCUCUACUCAAAACUCACUAUUUCAGAUGAACACUCGGGAUGCUGGUUCCGUCGGGUGAUGUAUCGGUGAAAUUCACUCGUGCACUCUCGCCACUGUGCCACAUCGUUGCUUAGUGGUAUUCUCGGGGGCAGUGAUGGAAAUGAGACAAAUAUGAUGCCAUCCUCGUUUAGUCUCGAUCUGUACAAAUCCUGUCGUAUAGUAGACCGCGAUUAAACUUGAAUCCUCUCAAUCCAUAAUAAAAUGAUGAUAUGGUGCAUAGGUUUUUGGGAGAAAACAGACACAUGAUUAGACUACAUCAGCUCUGAGAAGCGAUUCGAUCGUUGUGUUUGUCUCUUCAUACGCCGGUCGUUAGGGGAAGACAGGAUGCAACAAGAGAAUAUCAUGUCGCCUGAGUAGCAGCAGAGGUGUGGUGCGGUGAGAGGGAAAGUGUGCUGGAAUGGACUACUUCGGAAGCGGUUAGGUUGAGCGUAGGAGAAAAAAAUCUUAUUCAUUAGUCAUAUACAGGGUUGCCAAUGUUCCAGUUUAAACUGGAUUCCUCCAGUUUUUUUCAAGUGAUCCAGUCAAACAGUUUAUUCCCAAAAUCUUCCAGUUUUUUCAGAUAUUUGCCAGUUUUAUCCAGAUUUUUAUUCACUCAAGCUCCGAUUGGUUUUCGGAAAUAUUUUUAAAACGGAAAUUUUGUAGAUUGAUACAUUAUUAUGACAAUUCUUAACACAGGGUGGCGAAAAAAUUUUCAAAAUAAAAUUCCCUGAUUUUUCCUGAAAUUCAUCAAUUUCCCUGAUGUUUUUCAGCAUUCGGCACAAAAAAGUACAACGCAAAUCCGAAAUCACAGUGAACAAAGUAUUCAAUCGGAUAUGAAACCCAACAGUAGAUGUCCCGAAUUAACCUUUUGCGCUGAAAAAAUCAGUUUUUGUACUAAAAAGCCGCUUAAAAAAUCGCUUUUUGUUUUGAAAAAUUUUCCCUGAAUGUUCAGUGAUCAAAAAAUGAAUUCCCUGACAUUCCUCGAUUUUUCAGGUUUUUGCAGGUUUUUGACACCCUGUAACAGCAUUUUCAGUAUACCAUCUUCUCGCACGAAACACGGUCAAAUAAAAGACGGCAUGACAUGGUUGAGAUAAAACCAAACAAAUAGAUUUUACCAGACCAUAAAAAAAAUCUUCUAUUUAUUUUCUGUUGCGUAGCAGUUAAAAAAAUGUUAGAGGACUUAAAUACCAAAAGAUAGCGAAGUCAGGAAUAAUUGAAAUUUAAACUUCACUGAUGUAACGGAAGGAAAUGUUGCGUUAAUACUUUUGUUAAAUAUAAAAGCAAAUGGAAAAGCUGUAUAUCUUAAUUUUGAGAUAGAUUGAUUGCGUAAUUUUAAAUUUUGCUGCUGUUAGAGGAAAUUUUUCAGUGCAUAAUUUUAACAAAAUGUAAGCCCAGAACAAAACAUUUCUGAUUAGAAUGAGUAAUUUUUUGCGAAGAGUUUUCGCUUUAGUUGCUGUAUUCAAAACUGACACUGGAUUCAAUCCCCGUAACAGAAAAGCUCUUCCACAAUCUUUUUUUUUCUUUUUUCUAAAUUUAGUUGGAAUCCAGUUUUUUCUUCAACCUUUUUCCAGUUAAAUCGAAAAUUUUAUUGGCAACUCUGGUCAUAUAUAACGAAUAUAAUACGAGCUAUUCGCUUCGUGUAACUGGGAUUGGGUUGUGCUCAUUGAGAACCACGUGUUGUAGUUCUCACUAAUGACAAGAAAUGUAUCAUAAGAAAUAAAGCAGAGAGGUUCACUGGCGGUUUUGAGACUCUUAUUGUCUCGGGCCAAUAAACACAAACUUCAACAACAACAACAAAGCAAAGAGCGUGCACCAUCACCGAUACUUUGUUAUUCGCAUACUGACGACCAUGUCAACGCAUUUUGGACUUACUUUAAAUGUAUUCAAAAUCGCUAGAGGUGAUUUUUUUCCAUCGCUGCUCGGGGGACUGGCUGCCAGAGCCUGUUCAAUUAACAAUUAUCAGGUUAUAGUGACGCUUUGACCCGUCACUUUCAAUUGAAAAGCUUUUGUAUCAUUCUCAAGCUCUUCGUGAGUCACAUGAAAACAACUCGGAAGUUCUUGCUUUGAUUUUGACAACUGAAGGGCUAGAAACUGAUACAAAUGCGUUUCAAUUGAAAGGAAAGAUUAUCACCGGCACUCUCACAUGACGAUUCUUAAUCGAAAAUGACAAUGAGCGCUAACAGAGACAGGGGGCUUCCAUACAGUACUUCGCGCAAAUAUAUGGACGAGGGAGAAAAGAAAACCGUGAUGAUAUGAAACGGAGAACACCAAAACUAGUUUCACAAUGCGAAGUGGUUACGCAGCGCCAGUGAUAAACAGCGAAAAAAAAUCCGAAAUAUUGAUCGGAAUUUGCGUGACGUUUUUAUUGGAUGCCAUUAUUGGCGUUUUAACUGCGGCUUGCGGUAUUAGAGAACUAUCAUCAAAUGACGCGAUGCGGUGCUAGUUUCAAUUGAGACGCUGAAGGAAAUGAAAGAGUCUCUCUCUCCGUCACUCUCUCCGUCGGAUUGAAGGUAUUGAUAACAAUUUGAGACAGCUCACAGCCUAGACAUCACCCGGAGAUUAUGUAUGCGAGAAGGCUAUCGUAACUUCCGUGCCUGUAAGCAACCAAACAGGGCAGGGAAGCAAAAUCUGAUUAUCAGAUCACAGAGAAAUAAUAUUUAGAAUUUAUAUGAAGGUAAGUUUGAACAUAAGAAAAAAUGUGAUUGAUGAUUGAUUGUGAUUGUGAUUGAUUGGUUACAAAAGUAAAGAGCCAAGCGAAAUUUUCAUUCGUCAUAUAAUCAGGUACAGUGUUGCAAUUAAAAUAAAACAAAAACUAAUAGACCUUUUUUUGCAGAUAUGGAAACCAUUUGCUGGCUAAAAUCCUCUCGUAUAAACCGCUGUUUGUUGUAAUAAUUGUUCAGUUUUGAAAACAAAUUUCCCUUCACCUUUUGUUUCAGAAUUUUUAACUUGAUCAGUGAAUAUAUUUAUUUUUCGAAUUUAUAUUUUCCACAAAAAAAAAAACUAGGGUGUCUUCAUUUUCAACCUGGUGCAGUGGACUCCGAUUAAGUACCUCGGUUAUUCGUACCCGCUGUGGGCUCACGCGUUCGGAUGGUUUACCGCUCUCUCCUCGAUGUUGUGCAUUCCCGGUUACAUGAUCUGGCUGUGGAGAAACACCCCCGGCGAUCGGGCCAACAAAAUUCGACUGAUCGUCAGAAUCGAGGACAGUGUCGCCCAGCUGCGGGAAAGAAUGAAGAACGAUCAGGAGAAAGCUAUGGAACUUUAAGAGGAGCGUUAUAUUACUAAAUCAACGAGAAAAGCGAUUCCGAGCAACCUUAAACUGAAACGAAAAAAAACUUUGCUUUCUUUACAAACGCCCUCUUUUUCGCUAGUAUAUUUCACCCAGUCAGUGAUUCUUUAAGAAAAAAAUGGAAAUUUAAAUCAGCCUCAAAACUCCUCACCUCUCCUCAGCACACAGUUGUUAACUCCCUCGCGAAUCUUCUCAUUCAGUUUCGGUCCAUAGCGUAAUGUGACGAUUGUUAAUUACACUAAUUGUAUGAUGUAUUGAUGAGAGUUUUAAUUUAUUUUAGUAAAUAUUUUACUAACAGAUAUAGAAAAAAAACUUUGCCCCUAACUUUCUAAGCGUACGCGAGCACACAUAGAACCAUUAUCACGGAAACACGAGCACACACACACGCUUCCAUUUAUUGUUAGCUUUAUUAUCGAAUGUUAUUUUUAGCGUGAAGCUGUCUGGUGUCUAUAUAGGACGCGAAGAGUUAGGCUCCGGAUCAAACUAUCUAGAGUUAGGUUAAAACGAGAUAACAAUUAACGUUAAGUUUGUUUCGCACGCUAAGACACAAUCCCACCAAUCGCUGGUUUCAUUCUACCUGGAAGGAACAAAAUUGCCUACAUUUUAAUACAUUUCAAAACCAAAAUUUUAAUUGAAUUUAUUGUAGAGGAAAUCUGACCCGAAUUGAAAAAUUGCUGCAUUUUGAGAUAGAGUGGAACCGGCCACAGUAUCACUACCAGCAAAUCGUUAGAGCGCACCAGAUGCUUGGAAUCGACUAGUAACCUUAAAUUAGAGUUAUUUAUGGCAGGAUAGCAUAUUGAUUGCACACCGGUGUGGCGCAAGCCACGUGUGGAUCCAGGAAGCGAAAACGACACUUGCAACACCUUCUUCACUACCAAAUAAAAUGUGUGAUUUUUAAG